UUUCCUGUUGGAGUAGAACAGCAUGCACAGUUCUGCCAAAAGCUAAGCCCAGCGGCUGAGAAGCGAGCCACCUUCUGCCUUGGACAUAGCCGCUGCCUCAGAGUUUACAUGAACAGAUAAACUAUGUAAUGUUCAGGAGCCGUAUACCUGUCUUUGGAGCACAGGGUUUGAUUUUUUCAAGUAGUGCGAGAAUACUCUGAUAGUGAUACAUCCGAACAGAGGAAAGAUGAACUCCAAAGAAUCUUCAGAAACAGAUGUGCGUGAACGGAAGAAAUUCCUUCCCCCUGAUGAAAUGUCUAAGCAAGGGGAGACACCAGCUUGUGAUCUGUCAGUGAGCACAAUCAAGACAUUGCUAUCAAACAAAAAAGUUGUGAAAUGCGUAGCUUUCCUUUAUCGAGUUGUCAUCCUCCUCCUCCUCAUUGGCAUUGGAUUUUCUGUUGUGUUUGCAGCAAAACAGAUUGAGCAGCUGGGACGUAGUUUGGUAUCACAACAGCAAUGUGGUCCACCGUGCCCUCGUUAUUGGAUUGGAUAUGAGGGGAAGUGCUACUUCUUUUCAAAGGAAAAACGGGAUUGGAUCUCUAGCCAGCACUACUGUUCUUCACACAGUGCAUCCCUGGCUAGGAUUGAAAAAGAAGAAAUGGAUUUUGUGAUGCGUCUCAAAGGCAAAGAUAUCUAUUGGAUUGGACUACGGAGAGUCUUCAGCAAGGACUGGACAUGGGCAGAUGGAGAAAAUGCAACAAUGGAAGUCAUUGGAGGAGGAGGAGACUGUGCAUUUCUAGACAAUACAGCCAAAGCCAUUUCUUCAGGAUGUCACACAAAAUUACCUUGGAUCUGCAGCAAACCUGCGGCAUAUGCAACAACAGAAGUCGCAGAUACAUAGGCGGAAACAUGUGGUUGGGAAAAAUAGAUGCAACCCUUGCUUACCACCUAGCAGCGACAAUAAUGCUGCUGUGACUUGGUAUUAUUUGACUGGGUAGCACAUUGCCUGCAUGUUUAUUCUUUGCAACACUGGGCUAGAUCCACUAGGGAGAGAAUUCUGCUGGCACAAGAAGCCCUUCCACUGGCACGAGGAGGAAAGCUUUGCCAUUCGUGAAGGAUCCAUGGUCCAACCCUUUGAACGGAGUUCUGAAUAUUAACGUACAGUUACCACAGGAUUUUUAGCAUCAAAUGCAACAAGUGUGAAAUUACAACAUAUGUACAUACACUAUCCUCUAGCUACCAGCUUGUGAAGCAUGCUUUGUGAUGGAGUGAUAGCCGAUGUUAGGCUGAUCACCAAUCUCGUUAGCAAUGGUGUAAAUAUGUCUUUGUGCAUAUUUGUUUGUAUAUCAAUAAUGAAAACUCUUUCUAUUCGUUGA